AUGGAGGCCGCCGGCGCCCCCUGGCGGCCGCGGCCCCGCGCCCGGCUCCCGUUGGGAGGGGGCGCUUGCUCUUCAUACAUAUAUACAUAUAUAUAUAUUUAUAUAUAUAUAUGUACACAGCUCCCACCCCAUCCGGCAGGUGCCGGGCCCGCGGGGACCCCGGGCGGGAGCGCGCGCAGGCCGCCGGCCCAGCCUCCCGCUUGGGCUUGCUGGUCGACCUCGCCGGCCCAGGGGACUCAGCCGCCACCUCCCACACCCCGAGGGCCCCCCGCGGCCGCCCACCCACCUUCGUGUCCGACUAGAGCACCUGAUAAACACAGGCAGACACCCCCAGCUCGGGUUUGCCAAGACUCGGCGGCAAAAUUCCCCCCAAGAGUUGGUUGGAGGCCAGCCAAGGAGGGAGGCCCCCUGGGCCCGUCCCGAGAACAGGCCUUCACCUCACUGUGGAACAGGAGCAAUGAAAAAAGCGCGGAUGGGAAAGGUGCCCCACGCCAGGCCUCAUUCCCCGCAUCGAUUGGGUGCCGGAGCAGCUCUAAACUUGUUGCCCCGAUGCACCCGCCCCACCACGUUCUGCUCAGCUGGGGCCCUUUGCCGUCGAUCCCUAAAUGAUGGGCCCUUUUAAGGUUAAGAGGAAAACCCCAAGGACGGUUCCACGGGUCCGGCCACUCUCUGGCACGUUGAGCAAUAAAAUCAAUUAAUAAAUGUUAA